CGCUAGACAGCAGUGGGACUCCAGUUGGCUGUGUGCGCUCAGACGCACAGACGCAAGCAUCCCACUGGCUGGAGUUGGAGGACACUCGCCCGUUUUUUCGCUUUCCACCGCUGCUUUCAUCCCUUGUCUUUGUCUCCUCGCGGUGAGAAGACAAACCCGCCCGGGAAAGACAAAAAAGAAGCGCUUCUUCUCUCUCUCUCUCUCCCUCUCUCUCCCUCUAUUGAGUCAAGGAAAGAGCAGAAAUCGGGACUGGACACUUUGUUUGGAGGGGAAAUUAUCUCUCGCAUGAGGCGAGCCGGAUCUGUCCUGUAUACAGAGGAGCGCGCAGUGCUGCACCUUUUCAAUGGAUUUCAAUACAGUGGAAGUACCCUGGGAAUUUAACGAUUGUUAAUUCGCAUCAACUUAAGAAAUUACGUUCCAACAAGGGGUUUUGUUUCCCACGCAGAAGAAAAACGAUGAUCCUCGCUGUGUUUUAUGUUCUUCUUCCUGUUUUAGAUGUGUUGUCUUACGCGGAGGAGAACCUGCGUGCCGGGGCCACCCGGCUGGACUGCGUGCGGGCCAAUGAGCAGUGUCUGAAGGAGCAGGCGUGCAGCACCAAGUACCGCACGAUGAGGCAGUGCGUGGCCGGCGGCAAGGAGAGCAACUUCAGCAUGGUGGCCGGCCUGGAAGCCAAGGACGAGUGCCGGAGCGCGAUUGACGCGCUCAAACAGAGCCCGCUGUACAACUGCCGGUGUAAAAGGGGCAUGAAGAAGGAGAAGAACUGCCUGCGCAUUUACUGGGGGAUGUAUCAGAGUUUACAAGGUAAUGAUUUCUUAGAAGACUCUCCAUAUGAACCCGUGAACAGCCGUCUGUCUGAUAUUUUCCGUCUGGCUCCCAUCAUAGAGGGUGGGGAACCUUGGAGCACCUCUGCCACUUCGGCUCUGGGCAGGGGGGGCACCCAGGGCAGGUUUUCCCAGGGCAGAGAGCCUGCUCUGGGCAGAGGGAGCCCUUCCUCCACGGAACUUCAGGAUCCCAGUAGAAACAGGAGAGCUCAUCCCAAUUGGGCCAUUCUGGGUGAACCUGCAGUGGCCAGAGAGAACAACUGUCUCAAUGCUGCUAAGGCCUGCAACCUGAACGACACGUGUAAGAAGUACCGCUCGGCCUACAUCAGCCCCUGUACCAGCCGCGUCUCCACAGCUGAAGUCUGCAACAAGAGGAAGUGCCACAAGGCCCUGCGGCAGUUCUUUGACAAGGUUCCUCCCAAGCACAGUUACGGCAUGCUAUUCUGCUCAUGCCCGCUCAGCGACCAAACCGCAUGCUCUGAAAGGAGACGUCAAACCAUCGUUCCUGUCUGCUCGUACGAAGAGAAACAGAAACCCAACUGUCUGGAGCUGCAGGCAUCCUGCAAGACCAACUACAUCUGCAAGUCACGACUCGCUGACUUCUUUGUCAACUGCCAGCCGGAGCCCCGCUCGCUGUCAGGCUGCCUGAAGGAGAACUAUGCAGACUGCCUCCUUGCCUACUCGGGUCUGAUUGGUACUGUCAUGACUCCCAACUACCUGCGCUCACCCAAAAUCAGUGUCUCUCCCUACUGCGACUGCAGCAACAGCGGCAACAAUAAGGAUGAGUGUGACAAAUUCACUGAGUUCUUCACAGAGAACACCUGCCUACGUAACGCCAUCCAGGCCUUCGGGAAUGGAACUGAUGUCGGGGUGUGGCAGCCCAUGUCCCCCGUCCAGACCACCACCUCCAUCACCACCCCCUACCAAAGAAACCGUGAACGCAACCCCAACACCAUUGACAACCACAUUAACACAGACCCUGCAAUCUAUCACUUCUGCGGCAGCCUACAGGCUCAGAAAUCGCAGUCAAACUCGAGUGCCGAUGGCGUCAUCUGUGUGGACCCUCAGAUAGAUGGUCCAAGUACCUCCAACGCCAUCCUGAGAAACUCGGCUGCCUCCAGAUGGCCUGAGGGCCUGGCCUCCCUGCUGCCCCCGCUGUUCUGGCUGUGGUACUGCAGCCUGCCGGUGCUUUCCUGGCAAGGCAAUUUGUAGCUGCGUCACUUCCCAGCAACAAACAGACUGACAAACACAUUUGUAUAAAAGAAGAAGACAAACAAGGAAUUAUAUCCUUUCUUUUCAGUUAGACCUGUUGUACUUUUUUCUCUUGGAUUCUGUCUUUUAAUUCCUGCUUUGAUUUGUUGUUGUUUUUUUAAUGAAUUUUUGAAAAGCUUUGUUGUUUCUUUCUUUCUUCUCUUUUUUUUUUUUUUUUAGCAUUGCUGCUGUGUGCUAAAACAGUGAUCUGCUAUACAUGUUAAUUCAAGUUUUGACUGUGUGCUCACGUUGGGUUAGUCAGAGAAAGAGGUGAUUUAAAACAGCUUCGUACCCCGCUCACUUGGGCAGAGAUGAGAAAAUACUGGAGGACUACAUUCCAAUAAACCACAGCGUGUGACUCUUGGAACGCAAUGUAAACGAACAUCAAUUUUCAGAGUUGUCUGAUCAGUUUUCACCCAUGUCUGUUUGUGUGUUGAGGCUAUAGGUGGGAUCUUUCGCUUAAAAGUCACAGUGAGUUCAGUAAUGGCUACAUAUUAUCACUUGGGCAGCCUUUUAGGUGUUACUCCAUCUCCUCUGUGGUAUGUGUCUGUUUUGAUAAUGCCGUGAUCUGGUAUUUUACAUUUUUAUGAGCUGAAUUAAAUGUCACUUGACGAAAAAAA